AUGGCUUCCCCCUCUUCAAGCCGCUAUGCCUCCUCAUCACUCGCCGCAGCUUGCCUCCUCCUCCUCGCACUCUUCUCUGCCAACUUCGAACCAACAGAAGCACAAGUCGGAGCUUGCUACGGAAUGAUGGGCAACAACCUUCCCCCACCAGCCGAGGUGGUCCAGCUCUACCAGCAGAACAACAUCUGGAGGAUGAGGCUCUACGACCCGAACCGCGAUGCGCUUGCAGCGCUUCGCGAUUCGGGCAUCGAGGUCAUCCUGGGGGUCCCGAACUCGGACCUCCAGCACCUCAACAACUGGGGCGACGCACUGUGGUGGGUGCAGCAAUACGUCCAGAACUUCUACCCCGCCGUCAAGAUCAAGUACAUCGCCGUCGGUAACGAGGUGAGCCCGAUGUACAACGCUGCCCUCGCCUCCGCCGUGCUCCCCGCGAUGCGGAACAUCUACAACGCGCUCGUCUCGAUGGGCCUUCACGAGCAGGUAGAGAUGACAGUUAAGGUCUCGACGGCGAUCGACAUGACGCUGCUGGGGAACUCGUACCCGCCUUCCGCCGGCGCGUUCCGCGACGACAUAAGGUGGUUCGUGGACCCGAUCGUCGGGUUCCUGAGCAGCGUCAACGCGCCGCUCCUCGCCAACAUCUACACCUACUUCAGCUACCGCGACAACCCGGGGUCCAUCUCGCUCCCCUACGCGCUCAUGAGCUCGCAGUCCGUCUCCGUGUGGGACAACGGGCUCGGGUACACGAACCUGUUCGACGCGAUGCUCGAUGCGACCUACUCGGCCGUGGAGCGCGUGGGAGGGUGGAACGUCGACGUGGUGGUGUCGGAGAGCGGGUGGCCGUCCGGCGGGGCAGGGGAGGCGACGACGAUGGACAACGCGCGCGCGUACGUGAACAACUUGGUCGCGCACGUGAAGGGAGGGAGCCCCAAGAAGCCGAACAAGUUUAUCGAGACGUAUUUUUUCGCCAUGUUUGAUGAGAAUCAGAAGGAUCCAGAGCUGGAGAAGAAUUUUGGAUUGUUCUAUCCGUGGAAGCAGUCUAAGUAUAACGUGUAUUAUGGUGCGACUAGGGAUUGGAAUGUGGUUCCAGGCAGUGAAUUGAGUAACGCAACUAGUUCGUUGGUGAGUGCUACGUAG